AUGUUGAUCCGCAAUAUUGAUGUUGAAAAGCAAGCUUGCAUGCUCGUAAACUGGUACGAGCUUUUCCGGAAAAACUCCAUCAAAUCCCUUGUCAUCCCUGUGCCGGAUGACGUUCUGGCGUAUCUGCGACGAGACAUGCUCAUCCUGCCGAAAGAGUGCACGAAUUUCACCGAUGUUGGCACCGGUGAGGGAUUUCAAACGACACACUACAACACAUUUGACGAUCAGUUCAACGAUAGUGAUACUGAUGUAGAGGACACCGAGGAAAGUGACGAACAGCCAGCAUUUCCCGCAUUUUCCCAGGCUCUGACCGAGGGGAUUCAGGCUCUUGGAGGCAACGCAUUUUUAAAGAGCGACUGGCACUGCCCCAAAGACGCACAGUGGAUAACACUUGGCCAAUCGCUGUGUGUCCGCGAUAUAACCGAUAUUUAUCAACUACUGAAAGCAUCCAGCUUUUGUAAGGAAGACUUCUCCGAACGUUCCUCAGUGAACGACAGUGGGUUUCAUGUUGUGCUAAAGAAAUGGAGAGACAUACAUCCGGGAUCGGAGUUUCGGUGCUUCGUACGCAACCGAUCUCUGAUAGCUAUUUCACCGCGUCACUGGCCCUCGUACCACGAGCAUAUUGCUCGCGAACGGACCGACAUUGUGAAUGAUAUUGUUUCGCUGUUCAAGGAAAAGAUAAAGGGCGCAUUCCCGCUGAAGGAUUAUGUGUUCGACGUAUAUCGCCCAUCAAAGGAUAAAGUCAUCAUCAUGGAUUUUUCACUGUACGGUAAGGGCCACUCCGACAGUCUGGCCUUCGAUUACGAUCAGCUUGAUGAAGAUGCAUCAGUGGCCGCGAUUGAUGAGGAAGACGAUCCUGAGUUCCGUUAUCUUCCGAAUGAUUGUGGCAUACAACCUAUUAAGCGCAACGUGUACGGAUUCCCGCAGGAUUUCUGCAACUUUUUCCAAAAUGCUGUCCCUUCUGGUGGUAGCGAUGGCGGCGCAUCCAGUGCCGAAGGCGAUAGUAACAAUCUGAUCAACCGCUUAAUCGAACAAUGCAAUCUGCAGGAGCAUCGCGAUAAUAAUGCGACAGAAGAUUCGUAA